GAGGCAGUCCUAUCGGCAGGGCUAUCCCUGUCCACACCGGCCCACACCGUCACCCAGGCGUGCAUUUCCAGCAAUCAGGCCAUCACUACAGCCAUCGGCUAUAUUAAUAGCGGUCUGUGCGAGACGGCAGUGGCCGGUGGUGUGGAGACCAUGAGUGACGUCCCGAUUAGGCAUUCCCGCAAAAUGAGGAAAUGGCUGUUGAGUCUCAAUAAGGCUAAGAGUACGUCGCAGCGCCUGUCGAUGUUAUUGCAGUUACGGCCCGACUAUUUUGUGCCCGAAUUGCCGGCAGUGGCCGAGUUCACUACCAAUGAGGUCAUGGGUCACUCGGGCGACCGAUUGGCCGCCUCUUUCCAGGUGUCCCGUCAGGAACAGGACGACUACGCCCUCCGCUCGCAUACAUACGCCGACAAAGCCUUCAAAGAGGGACUCCUAUCAGACUUGGAACCCAUAACGGUGCCCAAGAAGGGACUGGUGGACAGGGAUAACGGCAUACGCGUGGGUACGCCCGAACAGAUGGCCAAACUGAGGCCGGCUUUUGUCAAACCCUACGGUACGGUCACCGCAGCCAACGCCAGCUUUUUGACGGACGGCGCCUCCGCUUGUCUACUGAUGACUGAGGAUAAGGCCAAACAAAUGGGUCUCAAACCGAAGGCCUAUUUGCGGCAAUUCCUAUACGUCUCGCAGGACCCCAAGGAUCAGCUACUACUGGGCCCGGCGUACGCCACCCCUCGCAUACUCGAGAAGGCGGGCCUAACCCUGAAAGACGUGGAUGUGUUCGAGUUUCACGAGGCCUUCGCCGGCCAGAUAUUGGCAAAUCUGAAGGCUUUGGACAGCGAUUGGUUCGCCAAAGAGUAUAUGAAAAGGUCCGCGAAGUUCGGCGCCCCUGACCUCUCGAAGUUCAACCUAUGGGGGGGUUCCCUAUCCAUCGGACACCCCUUUGGCGCCACUGGCGUACGACUGGUGACGACUGCCGCCAAUCGGCUCAUCAAAGAGAACGGACGGUUCGGUUUGGUGGCCGCCUGUGCCGCAGGAGGACUGGGACACGCGAUGAUUGUGGAGAGAUAUCCCGGCGCUUGAGUACUGGUGCCCCCAUCGGGUUUGCCCGUUAAAAGUGGAUCCGUUUUUAUAAUUGAUUUUUAAAAAAAUAAUUUACUCAUUAUUAUAAUUAAAUGUUUGGUUAUGAAUUGAUUUGUUUUUGAUAAUGAUAUACCGUAUAAAUGUACUGUAAAUGCAAUGCGUAACAAAUAUUAUAUUAAUGUAUUUUUUUAAUUACACAAUAAAUGAUAUUUUAUUUGAUA